AUAGAAGUCAUAUGGUUUCGUAUGUUUUUAGUUGUAUGUUCAAUAUUUGCGAAAGACGUGGUGUUCGUUAAACAGAAAAUUAUAAAAAGUUCUGUGCGGUUGUGGAGUGAGUUUAUAUGUUUGGCACUCAAAGUUCAAUCUGUUAUGUUAGCUAAUCCUUAAUGAUAAGUAAAUGAAGUACCGUGAAUAAUUUGCCGCUAAUUAUAAUUUGAUAUAUACCGCAUGCCAUCUGUAAAUACGCAUCGCUUUCAUCGCUUCGAUCUCCUGUUAAAUACUUGUAAAUAAAUACUCACAAUGGAGCCUUCCUUUGACGGUUGGGAUUUCGCGGUAUUAAUUAUCAUCCUAAUCAUAUCGACGAUGAUUGGCAUCUAUUACCGCUAUACAGGAGGCAAACAAAAAACAAUUAAGGAAUACUUAUUGGCCGAUCAAAGCAUGACUACUUUUCCAGUUGCUGUUAGUUUGAUGGCUAGUUUUAUGUCAUCUAUCACGUUAUUAGGUGUUUCCAGUGAAAGCUACCAGUUCGGUACUAUGUUUUGCAUAAUCAACCUCUCCUACAUCAUCAGCACACCGAUUGCCGCAUACUUGUUUUUGCCUGUUUUUUACCGCAUGCGAACCAUGAGUGUCUAUGAAUACUUGGAACGACGAUUCGGUCACUCGACACGUCUCGCUGCUUCAAUUGCUUACUCCAUACAAAUGAUUCUUUAUAUGGGUAUUGUUCUCUACGCGCCAGCACUUGCGCUCGAGGCAGUUACUGGCGUGAGCAAGAUAACAGCCAUAAUGGUUAUAGGACUGAUUUGCACCUUCUACUCUACCAUUGGCGGUCUAAAAGCUGUGCUUAUAACUGACGUAUUUCAAUCGCUUUUAAUGUUUGCUGCAAUUUACUCUGUAAUUGUGGUGUCGGCCAUUAACGCAGGCGGUCUGGGUCCAAUUUGGAAGGUAGCCGGAGAGAGAGAUCGAUUCAAUUUCACGGAUUUCUCUUUGGAUCCCACAGUGCGACACACUUGGUGGAGUCUUAUUAUCGGUGGCAUGGUGACAUAUUUGUCGUUAUACGGUGUCAAUCAGGUGCAGGUGCAAAGGUUACUAAGUGUGCGAAAUCUGGAAAGCGCGCAAUCGGCACUCUGGUGGAAUCUGCCUAUUUUAAGCCUACUCAGUUUUAGCACCUUAUUUAGUGGACUGGCUAUAUUCCACUACUACAGAAACUGUGAUCCGCUACUGCAAGGAAGAAUACAAUCAAGAGAUCAACUGAUGCCACUGUUCGCCGUGGAUACAAUGGGUCGAUAUCCUGGUUUGUGCGGACUUUUUGUGUCGGGCAUCUUUUCGGCCAGUCUUUCGACUGUUUCAUCUGCGGUAAGUUCACUUUCAACUGUCACAUUAGAGGAUUACAUCAAACCGUUGUAUAAGCGGAUUACGAAUACCCCACUGCACGAAACAAAAUCGACACUGCCAAGUAAAAUAAUGGCCUGUAUUUAUGGACUUGUGUGUAUUGGCAUGGCGUUCACUGCCGGCUCUAUGGGUGGCGUUCUGCAGGCCUCUCUCACGAUCUUCGGCAUACUGGGUGGACCAUUGCUAGCUGUUUUCACUCUUGGUUUAUGCACAACGCGAGCGAAUCAACGCGGAGUGCUAGUGGGUCUACUGCUCGGAUUGAUAUUUUCAUUUAUUAUUGGGUUUGGAGGGCCAAAGCCACCAACACCAACGCUAGACUUCAACGUGGAUAGCUGUGUGAGCGCAAACAAUAGCACGUUAGUUGCCGAGGCUCUAACGCAGGCCAACAACACCAGCUUCAAUAUGGCAACGCAGCAACCGGCCUCAGAAGAGAGUGAAAUUGAAUAUUACUGGUUGUAUAGACUUUCGUACUUAUGGCUUUCCGUAAUUGGGUUUUUAAUUACAACAACUGCUGGAUAUGGAUUUAGUUCUUUGCUGGAAGCAUUGAAAUGGGCCGACAACAAGCAAAUUUACUUAGAUAAUCAGCAAAUUGAUGUUGAUUUAUUCAUCCCACCGCUCGCACGCAGAUUAAGGAACAAUCACACAGAGGAGAUGACAAAGCUGUAACUAUUUUGAGCUGGCGCUUCAAAUUAAUUUCCAAUACAUAAGAAAGUAGUGAAGUAUUUAUAAAAAAAAAUACUGUAAAUUAGUUCACAAGUAUAAUUGAAAUGCUUUAUAUCCAAAACAUCGUUACCUAUAGGAAAUCAAACAUAUUUCUCAGGCGCAUAAUACGUAACAUACACUCUCAGCAUAAACACGCUAUACAUAUAUGUAUACUGUGCAUCUGUAGUUUUAUUAGAUGGCGUGAACAAUUUCUUUUGUAGCGAUAAGGGAAAAGAAAUCAUUAAUUAAUAGUUUGCCGGUUGACGUCGGUCUAAUAUGCGCUCAUAGAAAAUCAUUUUUUAUGUUUUUAAUGUAAAGCAAUCUACCUGUAAUGCCAUACAUCUGUGCGCAUAUACUAAAUCUCCUUGAGACAGCCUGAAGAUGGCUUUGUAAUUUUUUAUAGUGCUCUAUUCAGGAUGUCCGAGAAGACGGCUGUGAAAGCCCUUUGAAGCUACAAAAUUUGUUGUUCGAAUGUUUAUUUUUUCCUGAAAGUAGCGAUAAUGUUCAAUACCCUUUGUUGCAUUUAUUACUGUUAAAAGUGAAAAUCAUUGAAUUGUACAUACAAAGAUCCCAAAUUACAGCCAUUUGGGGUAUUGCAGAUAAUGAAUUCACAACAUACAAUUUUACGUAGUCUUGAUGCUUAGCACUUUAUUUAUUUUUAUAAUUAGUAAAACAAAUUUCUUGUUACUGCUGUGCAUAAUUACUUAAAUAAGAGCAUUUUUCUUUUAUUAGGUUAUUAAAAUGAUAUGUAACUUACUUUUAGAAUAUAAUAUACACAAUCACCUCUGUAAUUCAGUACCUGGCGGUUUGACCAAAGAACUUAAAAGUAAAAAAAAUGGUUCAAUUGGCUCCGAUUUGACCUGCAACUCACCGUUAAACUAGCGUGCUCGAUGUGAAUAAGGUUUUAGCAUUUUAUGCAGUCACAAUUUGAUUAUAGGCCAGCCUCAAUUUCAUUUUUAGCAUGAGGUACUAGGUUAGAAAUCUACUAUUACAGAGGCGUACUGUGCAUACCCUUAUAUGUAAAUCUACCUCUGUCUAGUUUUAAAUUAUAUAUCCUUUUUUUAUCUUAAAAUGACAUAAAGGGUAUUCACAGAAACACCUAUAAUGGAAAUGUUGGUUCGCGGUUGGAAAAAUGUGUGAAAACGUGUAUACAAAUAAUAUAAAAAUUUAAUUAUUAUUUAUGCCCACAGUGGGCAUAUUUUUUUCGAAUAUUUUUAGUACCCGUAAUUUGCUAUCACAAGAUUAAAAGUUUUAAACGUGUUACUUAAACCCAAGUCGUUUUUUUAGUAGAUAUAAGUGAAAUAAAUAGAUAUACACAAUAUUAAGUUUAUAUAUUCAUUUUUUUUAAGGGGGGGUAAGGGAUA